AUUCCACUUGUCUUACUCUUCAAAUCCCCCUAAACGCUUAAGUCAAGUUUUGCUACUCCUAACACCAAAUGGCGCUGUCAACAAUCUUGGUCUUCGCACUUGCCUUAGCCAUCUCCAUGCAAGGCACUCUUGGUGGAUUGAUUAGUUUCGGCCGUGACAAUAACAUUCGAUGCGAGGACCUUGAUCGGGAUUCGUGCGCCUUCUCGGUGUCCUCCACUGGCAAGCGGUGCGUGCUCGAGAGCCGCCUCCUCCGGUCAGGGUUGGAGGAGUACAACUGUGACACGUCCGAGAUCGUGGCCGACAAGUUCUACAACCACGUUGAGACCGACAAGUGUAUUCGAGCCUGCGGUGUGGACCGUCGGGCCCUCGGCAUCUCGUCCGACUCCCUCCUCGACCGCAGGUUUGUCGCCAGCCUCUGCUCCGACGAGUGCUUUCAGAAAUGCCCCAACAUCGUCGACCUCUACUCCAACCUCGCUGCCGGUGAAGGGGUCUACCUCAUGAAAUUUUGCGAAGCGGGUCAAUCGGGAGGGCGUCGUGGAAUGAUGGAAGUCUUCAAGAGCUCCGGGGCUGUGGCUCUCUCACCAGGAAUGAAUGGGUUGAACGAGGCAUCUUACGAAGCAGGGGCUCCGGCUCCGAGCCCAGACUACGAGUAGGCUUGAAGUACCUUCAUUGAAAAUUAGGCCCCAAGUUUAAACCCCUUCAACAUGUACAACUGAAUUUGGUCCUACACGGGACUUAAGUUAUGAAAAUUAGACAAUACAAAGUGAAUGAAAUAAGGAUAUGAAUAUCCAAUUAGUUAUGUAUAACCUUUGUGUUUUUUUCUUCUUCUUUCUUUUGAUGUUUUUGUUCUCUUUUUUAGUUGAUUGGGGUUGUAAACUUGUGUAUUUCACCAUGAAUAGAAGCUAUCGUCAAACCAUUUCAGAAAAUUAUAUAUAUUGUGGUUUCCAAUUAAUUAUAUAAUCAAGUCGAUGUUGGCAUUUAAAUUUGGAAAGUCCGUGGCUUGAUUUUUGG